AAAAUGGAAGAGCAAAAACAAUUAAGGAUUCUUUGUUUUCACGGCUAUCGUCAAAGUGCAGAAAUUUUCCAGAGAAAAUCUGGUGCAUUAAGGAAAGCCUUAAAAAAUCGUGCAAAAUUUGAAUUUAUUUCUGCCCCAUUUACAAUAAAUAAUUUAAACGGAGAGGAAGAAGAAGAGGAAGAAAAGAAAGGCCGUGCCUGGUGGUUCUCUAAUCGUGAACAAAGAUCUUUUUCCUCAAGGGAAGUCUGUACAAUUGCGGAUGGUUUUGAAGAAUCAAUUAAAUAUACACUCGAAUUUAUUAAAAAUAAGGUAAUUUAAAUUUUAUAAAAAUUUUUGGUGCUGGUAGGUGUGAAAAGAAAACAAUAGAUUCUAAAAGUAAAAAUAGAUGUUGAGUUAAUAAUAAACAUCUUCUGGACUUCUUUCUUGUUCUGGUGGUGGAACAAUAGUGCUUACAGAGCACCACCGAUUUGAAA